UUCGCUGCAGUUGCUCGUCUCAGCCUGAAGGGGGCGGAAGUGUGUGUCACUUCCUGAUCCGGGAGGUGAAGAAGACGCGUGUGCGCUUGUUUUCCCUCGGUUUUUAUCACGAGCUGCAAAUUACAGAGGCUGCAGGUCCAGCGGGGUUCAAGCCAUGUCGGACGGACGGAUCUACGUGGGAAACCUUCCAAUGGACGUCCAGGAGAGGGACAUUGAGGAUCUCUUCUACAAAUACGGAAAAAUUCGGGAUAUUGAGCUGAAGAACAACAGAGGCACCAUCCCGUUUGCCUUCGUGCGGUUUGAGGACCCACGGGAUGCGGAGGACGCCGUCUUUGGAAGGAAUGGAUAUGGAUUUGGAGACAAUAAGCUGCGUGUGGAAUAUCCUCGAUCUUCCGGAUCCAAAUUUAGUGGACCUGCGGGAGGAGGAGGAGGAGGAGGACCGCGGGGAAGGUUUGGGCCUCCGUCGCGCAGAUCUGAGUUUCGCGUUAUUGUGACGGGUCUUCCUCCCUCCGGCAGCUGGCAGGAUCUGAAAGACCACAUGCGGGAGGCUGGAGACGUGUGUUUCGCUGACGUGCAGCGUGACGGCGAGGGUGUCGUCGAGUUCCUCAGACGAGAGGACAUGGAGUACGCACUGAGACGCCUGGACAGCACAGAGUUCAGAUCCCACCAGGUCAUUAAAAAUCAAAAGAAAAGAAAACUCCGACAUAUUCAUAUUCAAUAUUUUGUAAAUCCGCCCCGUUACCGAUCACCCCCGCGUCACAUGACCCGCCAUAGCCCACCCUCCCGACGAGCCCCGCUCCAGGAUCACAGCCCUCCGCCGCGCCACUAUCGAUGAGCGGCUGCCUCUCCACCGCCACGACCCCUUUUCUUUCUUAAUUUAGUAAUUUACAUUCCAUUGUAGGAACCUGAAUGGCCUUGUUCACCGUUCGGUUCACGGAGAGCUUGCGGAUAUGUUAAUAAUCACGUGGAUGAUGCUGUAGAUGUUUACAGAUGUGGUUAUGAUUGUGAAAGAUCUGAAGAUGAAUAACCCGUUUAUCCUUUGGGAUUAUUGACAUGAGGCAACAGACUAAAGAUGUGUUGUUUGUGAUUAAUCUGGUCCAUUUCAUAGACAUUGACUUUUAUUAUUUUUUAUGAUUUGAAUAAAAGGCUGCAAUUUUAAAAUGUUUCUUUCUGGAAUCUCCCCAUGUGAUUUUUUUUUUCUCUCUCUGGUUUUGUAUCAUGUGAUGAUUGUUUGCAUAAUUUUUUUUUUUUUGCAAUUAAAGCAUUGAAUCAAA